AUGCCAAGAAACAUGCCGAGGAAGUCGUCUAUUCAUCCUUGGGAGUGGGCUAGAGCUCCGUGGUCGCUGACCGACGCCUAUUCCAAAUGGCUCGAGGUAAAACUAGUGCCAAAUACCUCGAGUGCUGUUACAAUCGGGGUGCUACGAGAAUUGUUCGCCACCCACGGCAUACCGGAUGUUGUCGUAUCCGACAAUGGAACGAGUUUCAGCUCUUCCGAAUUUAAGCAGUUCCUGAAAAACAACAUGAUUCGACAAGCUUUAGUGGCACCAUACCAUCCGAGCAGUAAUGGUCAAGCAGAAAGAAUGGUGCAAAAUGUAAAAAACGCUAUCCGGAAAAUGACCGAGGGAACAGCAGAAGGAAAUCUACAGUUGGCUUUAAGCAGAUACUUAUUAGCCCAACACAUUACACCACACUGCACAACAGGCCGAUCACCGGCGGAGAUCUUGAUGGGUCGUAAGCUAAACACCGUCUAUGAUCGCAUGCAGCCUGAUUUCCGUAAGGAAAUGAUGGCCAAACAAAAAGACGAAUAUCCAAUCCCAGGGAAAGAUCGAGUGUUCCAAGAUGGAGAUGCAGUUUUCGCAAGGUCAUUCACACCAGGAUCAAAAUGGCUGCCAGCACAAGUCGUGAGUACUACGGGACCCGUAAGUUACCGUGUACAAACACCAGAUGGGCAAACAUUACGCCGCCAUUCCGACCAAAUUAGGGCUCGGGUAGAAGAACCGACCGAAAGUUUGGGAACACUGGGUGAUCCCGAAAUUCCACCGACAACACCAGAAGUUGCCAACUGCAGCGAACCGCAGCAGCAGGACAACGGGGAUAGCCAAAUCGUGGAGAUCAAGAAGCCACCAGAAAGAUCGAGGCGGGCUCCAAAAUACUUGGAAGAUUUCGUGCCGUAG